UCCGCACAGGCACGAUGACGCCCGGCCCCGCGCUGCUGCUGCUGCUGCCGCCGCUGCUGCUGGGGGCCCUGCCGCCCGCCGCCGCCGCCCGAGGCCCCCCAAGGAUGGCAGACAAGGUGGUCCCAAGGCAGGUGGCCCGGCUGGGCCGCACCGUGCGGCUGCAGUGCCCUGUGGAGGGGGAUCCACCGCCGCUGACCAUGUGGACCAAGGACGGCCGCACGAUCCACGGCGGCUGGAGCCGCUUCCGCGUGCUGCCCCAAGGCCUGAAGGUGAAGGAGGUGGAGCGCGAGGACGCUGGCGCCUACGUGUGCAAGGCCACCAACGGCUUCGGCAGCCUCAGCGUCAACUACACGCUCAUCGUGAUGGAUGACACUGGCCCGGGAAGGGAGCGUCUGGGGCACGACGGCGCCUCGGGGGGCCAGGAGGACCCGACCGGCAAGCAGUGGGCGCGGCCCCGCUUCACGCAGCCCUCCAAGAUGAGGCGCCGGGUGAUCGCGCGGCCGGUGGGCAGCUCCGUGCGGCUCAAGUGCGUGGCCAGCGGGCACCCGCGGCCCGACAUCACGUGGAUGAAGGACGACCAGGCCUUGACGGGCUUGGAGGCCGGCGAGCACCGGAAGAAGAAGUGGACGCUGAGCCUGAAGAACCUGCGCCCCGAGGACAGUGGCAAGUACACGUGCCGCGUGUCCAACCGCGCCGGCGCCAUCAACGCGACCUACAAGGUGGACGUGAUCCAGCGGACCCGCUCCAAGCCCGUGCUCACGGGCACGCACCCCGUGAACACGACGGUGGACUUUGGGGGCACCACGUCGUUCCAGUGCAAGGUGCGCAGUGACGUGAAGCCGGUGAUCCAGUGGCUGAAGCGCGUGGAGUACGGCGCCGAGGGCCGCUACAACUCCACCAUCGACGUGGGCGGCCAGAAGUUCGUGGUGCUGCCCACGGGCGACGUGUGGUCGAGGCCCGACGGCUCCUACCUCAACAAGCUGCUCAUCACGCGUGCGCGCCAGGACGACGCGGGCAUGUACAUCUGCCUGGGCGCCAACACCAUGGGCUACAGCUUCCGCAGCGCCUUCCUCACCGUGCUGCCAGACCCCAAGCCGCCCGGGCCGCCCGUGGCCCCCGCGUCGUCCAGCACGAGCUUGCCGUGGCCCGUGGUCAUCGGCAUCCCCGCGGGCGCCGUCUUCCUCCUGGGCACCGUGCUCCUGUGGCUGUGCCAGGCCAAGAAGAAGCCGUGCGCGCCCGCGGCCGCCCCGCCUUUGCCCGCGCACCGCCCGCCCGUGCCCGCCCGCGACCGGGCCGGGGACAAGGACCCCGCGGCGCCGCCCUCCCUCGUCCCAGGCCCCGGCGCGGCGCUGUGUGACGAGCUGGGGCCCCCUGCGGCCGCCCAGCACCUGCUGGGCCCGGGCCCCCCCGCCGGGCCCAGGCUCUACCCCAAACUCUACACGGACGUGCACACGCACACGCACACGCACACGCACUCACACACGCACUCGCACGUGGAGGGCAAGGUCCACCAGCACCAGCACAUCCACUACCAGUGCUAGAGGUGCCGCCCCGGGGACCCCGCACCCCGCACCCCAGCCCCAGGCGCCGGCGGCGGGCACACGGGGUCGAGUGGGCGCGCGGGGGCACAGAGGGCCGGGCCCCGGGACGCAGGCAGAGGCGGCCCCCAGGGCACCCCGGGUCUGAGGUCCCCCGGACACAGACACACGUGCACCCACGCAGCCCGCCCGGCCCCCCAGCCCCCGCGGAAGGCCCGUGUUGGUGACGCUGCGGCGCGCGUGCAGCAAGGGGCCCGUAGAUGAAGGAACCCCCAGCUGCCCUGGGGAGGAUCUCCCGGGGCCGCGGUCGGGCCGCCCGCCCCACGCCUGGCAGGGGAUCUGAGAGGCCCCCGCUCGCAAACCCAAAGCGCCCGCCCCCCGCGCCGUGCCUGCCGCCGGUCCCAGCCAGCCCUCCGCGGGCACGCAGCUAUUUUAGCCACCACCUGUCCGGGUGUCCAGGAGCCCCCAGCACCGCGGGCCGGGAGGUCAGGCGGAGCCGCGCGGGCCCUGGGCCGAGGCGGGAGCGCGGGGCUGACCCUGCCCCCCACUGCCGCAAGGAGGGCCCCUGAUAUUUAUAUUUAAGAAAUUAAGAUAAUAAUAUUAAUAAUGCUGGAAGGAAGGUGGCACCCCGAGCAGGCCUGUGCUCGGGCCUGGGACGUCCCUGGCCUGAUGGCCAACUGGGUGGGCGCCGUGGGGCCAGGCACCCAACAGCCCACUGCCCGUGGCAGCCCCAGACCUCUGUAAUUUUAUAUAGAGUUUGAGCUGAAGCUUCGUAUAUUUAAUUUAUUUUGUUAAACAAGAAAAUGUGCAUCUUCUUCCUCUA